AUGUCCAAAGUGGGAAAAAAUAGAGUAGGAGCCGACAAUCCAUAUUUAGAACAAGGACUGACGGUGGACAGUCUAGCGAUUUUUAGUGAACCUGGCUCUUUAGUGACCACAGUAACCAGCUUCAGUAAGAACAAUGUGGGACUUCUGACCGCUCUACGGGCACUACCAGCCCGGGCAGGCGGCCCAAGUUCCCACAAGGCUCGGCCUGGGAAAACGGCGGGGCGCUCGCAGGGGCGCGAGGUCAAGUCGGGGCGGGAAGGCACCCGGAGAAUCCGGGGGCGGGAGGGGUGUGUCGGGGCCUGGAGGCCCGCCAGGCGCUGGAGGAGCUGCCGGGGAAGCUGCCGCGGCGCCCGCCUUCGCUCGGCCUCGGGCCCCGCGCCAGGGCCCGCCUCCCGCGACGCCUCACUCCCCUUCCGCCCGCCCGCCCGCCCGGCCCGUGCCUGCCCGGGGUUGCCGCGUCUCUCGCUCGCCGCCCGCCUCGGGCCCUCCUCCUCUGGGACUCCGCGCUCCCGGGAUCCCCUCCCGCUCUUUUCCUCCCCGAGUCCCGCCGCCCGCCUCGCCAACCUCCGCCUUUACCUGCUGCGGGAGCGGGGCGUCGAAGCCCCCGGGCCGUGUCGUCGAGUAAGCGCCGCGGGUCCGCAACCCUUUCCCGCCGCCGCCAGCCACUACGCUCUCCGGCGCGGCGCGGCGCGGCGCGGGGCUGGCGAGCAGCUGUGUCCGCGGGGCGGGGGUGGGGGAGACGCAGCGAGCGUGCGGAGCGAGGACACACUGCCGCUCUCCGUCCGACCGGGGAAGAGCAGCCGCGCAGGAGCCCGCCGCGAGAGGGCGGGUGGGCGGCCGCGUGGGGAGGGGUCUCGCGGCCGCCGCAAUGGCUGCCACGUAGCCAGGUGGAUCUCCGCCCCCGCCCCGGGGCCGCGACCUCUGCUGCUCCGCACACCCCCCACCCACCCACCCCGGGCUCUCCAGGAUGCGUCGGCCCGCGCCCGCCACGGCGCCGGCCCGGAGACCCGAGCCCACCGGUGCUGGCGCCUCGCUGGCUCCGUUACGAGAAGUGAGUCCCGGGCCUGGCGGGAGGCGCAGCCCGGGACCCGCGGGGCCCCCCGAGGCUCUCCCGGAAGCUUGCGGCCCGCCGCUGUCCCCCGAGGGCUCCGGGGAAAGGCAGGCGCUGGGACCCCCCCUACUGCUGCCCGUGUAAGCGCCCCGGUGAGCCGCGGCCGGGUCUAACCCUCACCUCUCUCCCGAGCCCGAAAAGCAAAACAAGGUCGUUCUGGCCCUGGGCAGCGAGGGAGGAACUAGGAGCUGGGGCGGGCGGGACUGCAGCUGCGAGGUCGGCGGGGCGAGGCGAUGGGCCCCGCGCUGUCCCCCACGGGGGCCCGCUCACUCGGGGCGGACGGGCGGCGGCGCCCCGCGGGAACAAAGGGCCCCGCGGCCCCAGCAACCGGGACGGAGGCUGCCGGGAUCCAGCCCGCGCCGCCAACGUGCGGUCGGAACCCGCUGGCCUGAGCCCAAAAGAGCUGCGGCCUUUGCCAGUGUGGAGCUGGAGUUUUCAGGUGCCAAGAAAAAGCAACAGUGUUCCCUUUCCCUGUUAACGAUCCUGGAUGAUUAGCCCGUCCCCUAAGCCCGCUCCAUGUUUUUCCUUGUUGGACUCUGACUUCCUUGCUUAAUUUGUUCUGUCCUGACAUGAAACGAUCAGAGUACAAAAGUGUGUGUCUCUCUCUAGCCUUCUGAUUAAUGAUGCUACUGGUCGUUUCGGAGUUUUUAGUUUUGUUCUUUUUGUUUUUGUGUCUGUUUUCUCCUGGACUUUCCUCUCUCUUUGCAAUUACUUUGUAUUUUUCACUGCCCCCCCCCCCCGUAGUAAAAUAACCUCUUGAUAUUCAUCCACAUCAGAGAGACAGAUUAUCUGUCAAUUGUUAUGGCAAUUAUUUAAACUGAAUGUAGAUUUGGAAAGAAUACAAGUGAAAAAAAUCCCUUUAGAUCUGGCUUGAACAUUCUCACACUCAAUGAGCAAAUGGUCUAGUGGGGUUUUUUCUAGAAACUGGUGUAUUUAAGCAAAGAAACUAGUGUACUUAAGCAAAUAAAUGUUCUAAUGAAAUCUCCCACACAGAAAAGAAUAUGAAUGGAUGUGUUUUUUAUUUUCUUUGUCUUUUUAGAGAUCUCUUGAGUUUCAGUGUUUAAAAAUAUAUACUAUACAAACAUCUUUAUUAAGGCUUAUUCUAAAUAUGGUAAACAAAAGAAAUUUAAUAGUCUACAAUCCCGAGCGUAAGUAGCUACUGCUGAGAACCUAACAUUAAUCUGUUUCUAAGCAGCUAUUAGGAGCCUAAUAACUGUAAUAUAUGCCACUUUUGAAAUGAAAGAAACUUAGUAAUUAUAGACUUCAAACAAACCUAGCAAAUUUAUAUUAAUUUUGUUCAUCUGAAAUAUGUUCAACGUGAUAAUAAAAACUUGUAUUUAAGUUCUUGAAUUUCUUUUGAACAUCUGUUAAGGAUUUAUCACAUCUUAAGUCCAAAUAAUAAAAGGGGGGAAUUCUUAAACAUUAGAAAAUAUAUUUCAAGGGACAGCACCACCCAAUCUGAAUUACUUUUGCUUACUAUGUCAAAAGAAAAGUAUCAAACCCAUAAAAUUCUCACAGAUGUAAAGAACAAAGCCAUCUUUACCAGUGUGCACAAUGCCAGGCUUGCUUUAUGAAUACUUCCAAGGACUCCUCUUUCCUUAUUGGCUCACAUUCUAAGCCAAUAGGAAAAGUACAACACAUCUUUCAAAGGAGGAGACAGCAUUGGAAUAAAUGGAUUGUUUAUCACAUUCAUUCUCUCUCCAGCUUAGGUCCUGUAGUUUCAAAGGAGACAUGUAAGAGUCUGAAUUACUGAGUCUCCAGACAGGGGUGCUACUUCUCAGGGGUGCAACUCCACCUCUGCAGUCUUCCAGUUGACUAGAGUAUAAUUGGUUAUAAUUAAUUGUGUGAAAGUAGUAUUUAAAAUACCAGAUGAAUAUGUAGAAUGGCAAAAUGCUACCAGCUAAUACUUUUAAUAAUGAGGUGACUACUCAAAUUUUAGUUAAAAAACUGGCCCUUAAAGGAACUAGAGAUUUGUAAAUGUUUUCAGAACAUUUGGAACAUAUUUAUUGUAUAAAUUAUAAAGCUGUUUGUUUAUAUUUGCAUUUGGAGCCUAAGUAUGAUUUCAUUGCCACAAAAAGUAAUGUAUGGCACCUUUAUUUCCCUCUGCUUAAUUCUAGAUUUUACAGAUGUAUGAUCUCUUACUGGAUUACCAACUCCUGGAAGAUAGGUUGUUUCCUGCUCAGCCUUGUAUUCCUCACUGCCAAAUUCAGAAACUUGUACAAAAGAAGCAGUGUGCUAUGUUAAAGAUGGGAUAAACAGGGAUAGCAAAUCAAAAAGUCCAUCUGCUUCUCUCCUUAGUUACAUAAUAGCAGAUCAGUUGUUUUAGUUCCCCUGUCUUCAGAUCUCAUCUCUCAUAAGGUCUGGGAAUGUAGCUCAGUAACACCCUACUUACUGUUCUUGUCUCGUGUGUGAAGCCUCAGACUACAAAAGCCAAACAAGUCCCAUGGAAAUGGGAUAGUAGGUGCUACCGCUGUUAUCUAAAGUAAACACGUUUCAGUGGAUUGUGUCCUUACCACAUAGACAGUGGUGUUCUGUGCCCUCAGAGUUGCUUCAGUACUCCAAAGUCAGUUACAUCUUUCAGGUAACACUCAUAGUAUCUAUUCUGUGAUAAGCUGUGAACACGUGUUAGAAACUCAAUGUGAGUGGGCUCGAUCAGUGAAGAAAAUGUAAUUUCCUACAAUUGUCCAUCUAUAAAAAGCAGGUAUUAACACUUAAGAUUUUCAGGGUUGCAGAUAUGCACACUGCAUCGUUUGCCAUGAAAGUGUGAGGGCUAGCUUUCAGAUCCCUAAGUGGUGUGUACCUCCCUGUAAUCAGAACACAUGGAGGGUGGAGAUAGGAUCUCUCCUGAAAAUCAGCUAGCUAGGCCAGCUGGGUUUUCAAGUGAGGUGUCCUGACUUAAUAUGUAAAGUGGCAAGAAUGGAGAUGCCUUGUGUCAGCUUCUAGCCACAGACAUGCAUGCACCCACCCAAGUGUAGACGAACAUGCAUACACAGACAUCCAAAUCAGAAAAGACUGAUGAAGCCAAUUAACUUUGAAAACUCAGUAAAGAGAGGCAUCUCUGAGUUGCCAGUGUGAAGAAUACAGUUCAGGUUCCCAAAAUCUGUGUAAAAAAGCUGGGAAGAUGUGGCAUCCCUCUGUGACUGAUUCCAGAACUCCUCAUCAGCAAGUCCAGACUAGCCCAAUUGUGAUUAAAGUCAAUGUUGGUUCUGUAUAUACACAUGUGCCUGUGUUCACACACACACACACACACACACACACACACUACACACACUACACAUACACAAACACAAAGCAAAGUAAAAAAGAACUCCAAAACCAAUCUCCUGAGCAGUAGAGAACUGUUGUGGAUUUGGUUUAAUGCUUGCAUUAUGAGUUCCCAAAAUUGCCCUAGAAUCCCGAAUGUAAGACACUGAGGGUCCCUGUCCCGAGCUGGUUCUGAUUGGCGAGUAAAAUUGCCAAUGGCUGGGCAGGGAGACAGAGAGAGACUUUAGGAUUUCGGGACAAGGGGACAGAGGAAGAAGCAGAAUUGCCAGUUGUAGGAAGAAAGACAUAUAAGAACCUCCCAAGGACACCCCCCUAAAUUGGAUCUGGGAUAACAAAUAUGGAAUAUAGAUUUUAGUAAGUAAUCAGGAGUAUUGGAGGGGAAGCAUUAGCAACAUGGAAGUUGUGUGUUGUGUGUGUCUGUGUGUGUGUAUGUGUCAUUCAGGAAUCCAGAGCACUGGGCCAGGUAGUGAGAGAUUAAAAUGGAUUAAUCAACUACUGCAACAAAGAACACCUACCAGAAGAGAUUUUGUUGUUUAUUCUUGUUUCGGUUGGUUGGUUGGUUGGUUGGUUGGUUGGUUGGUUGGUUGGUUUUUCGAGACAGGGUUUCUCUGUGUAGCCCUGGCUGUCCUGGAACUCACUUUGUAGACAAGGCUGGCCUCGAACUCAGAAAUCCGCCUGCCUCUGCCUCCCAAGUGCUGGGAUUAAAGGCGUACACCACCAUGCCCGGCUCCCUUAUUAUUAAGAUGUAUUUUUUGUGUUCAUCUAUGUCAGGUAUUUGCAGGACAGAAGCUGGUGUUGGAUUCUCAGGAACUGGAGUCACUGUCCUGUGAACCACCAGACAUGACCCAGGUCACCAAAUUUGAGUCUUCUGAAAAGCACUAAGCAGUCCUCAAUGAACCAUCUCUCUAGCCCCCCCUUUUUUGUCUUCAUUUUGAGAUAGGUUCUCAAUAAUUACCCCAAGCAGGCCUGGAAUUCAUGUUCCUGUAUUUCUGCCCCUUGAGUGUUGGGAUCCCAGGCACAGACCUCACCACCCAGCCAGAGGAGAUAACUUACCAAUAGGGAGGAAUUGUGACAUGAGCAAAGUUUUCAUGGACAAAACUAAACUUAGUGUCCGUCUCUUCUCACUGCUGCACCAGCUUUUCUCAAAGUUGUGAGAAAAUAUGGAAGUAAAAAUAAUAAGGAAACUAAAAUAAAGGGUGAUAAACUUACAAGGGUUCUUGAGAGUCAUAGAACUUUGGAAUGUCUCUAUAUAUUAAGGGAAUUUAUUGGAAUGACAUACAGUCCAGCUAACCCAACAAUGGGCAGCUGAGUGAGAAGUUCAAGAAUGGAGUAGUUGCUCAGUCCCUCAGGGCUGGGUGUUUGAACUGGUCUUCUGUAUAAGCUGGAGUCCUGAAGAAGUAGGCUCCAACAGAUGUGCUGGCAAGUAAGUGCAAGCAGGCAGAGAAAAAGACGCUCUCCUUCUUCCAUUGUCUUGACAUAGGCCUCCAGUAGAAGGUAUGGCCCAGAUUAAAGGUAUGACCACCAAUGCCUGGACUUGGAACUUACUCUGUCUCAGACUGGCCUUGAAUUCAGAGAUUUGUUUGCCUCUGUCUCCUGGGAUUAAAGGCCUAUAAUACCUUGCCUGGGCCUGAGCUUUUCAUGGCCACUGUGCCUCAAGAUCCAGAUCAAAAGCCUGUGUCUUCCAGCCUCCAAAAUCUGGAUCACAGGAGUGUCCAUUUCUGGGUUGUAGUUCUUUCAGAUGUAGUCAGCUUGUUAACCAGGAAUGGCCACCACAGAGAUUACCACAGAAUGAGGAUAACCCUAAAUACUAAGAUCUCUUUGGAAGAUAGAGAAGUUGUCCUGAACCCUGGAGGAAAUAUAUACUCUCUCAGAGCCGACUGACUCGAGAAAGAAGAGCUCAGACCAGCAGCCCUGGGCUGCUCUCCCAGAGUCUGUCACUCUGGUAAGCCUCUGUCUUUCCCCUCAACAGGAAUCUGGGAAGAGGUAGGAAAACACAGUAUGUGCACCGCUUCAGCUCAACGCCCAGGAAAGAUAACAGCAGCAGCAAAGAAUCAGCUCAUUGUGUGGAAUCCUAGCACUUGAGAGGCAGAGGCAGGAGGAUCAAGAGUUCAGGGCUAGCCUACACAUCAAAUUUGAGACCAGCAAGCUAUAAGAGUAUGUCUCAGAAAGGAAAGGAAAAAAAAAAAAAAAACAGCACUUCUUAGAAAUUCUAUCCCCAUUACUGAGAUUUUUCAUAAUUUGCUCACUCUAGCCUUGCUAUCGUGCUCCUGCUAACCAGACAAUAGUCUAUGACUAAGCCUUCCUUGAAGCUUUCCCUACAAGACAAGAGUGUCUCAAGAUGGUGGUAAAAUAAGCAACCUGCGUUGUAUUCUUAUAGCAAAUUAACAGUCUAGUUUACACAUUAUGAGACAAUAUCAGGAAAACCUAGGGAUUCAUGCAGCAAAAUUUUUAAAAAUUUUUUAUUAGGUAUUUUCCUCAUUUACAUUUCCAAUGCUAUCCCAAAAGUCCCCCAUACCCAUCCCUCACUCCCCUACCCACCCACUCCCCCUUUUUGGCCCUGGCAUUCCCCUGUACUGGGGCAUAUAAAGUUUGCAAGUCCAAUGGGCCUCUCUUUCCAGUGAUGGCCAACUAGACCAUCUUUUGAUACAUAUGCAGCUAGAGUCAAGAGCUCCGGGGUACUGGUUAGUUCAUAAUGUUGUUCCACCUAUAGGGUUGCAGAUCUCUUUAGCUCCUUGGGUACUUUCUCUAGCUCCUCCAUUGGGGGCCCUGUGAUCCAUCCAAUAGCUGACUGUGAGCAUCCACUUCUGUGUUUGCUAGGCCCCACAGCAAAAAUUUUAACUGAUAUUUUUUCUACAUUACUGAGUCAGAGAAGUUCAUGUUUGGCAGCUGAGCCCUGAAGGGUUGAUCCAAGUUCCUACAGACCUACAGGAUUCCAUCUUGUAGCAAGUUUUUAUUAGCUGAGGUUCAAUUUUCCUGUUUUCUAAGCACAACUUAUCCCGCUAUCCCUAAGCUGCUUCUAAUAAUCUCCUGCCUUCAGACUAGCCAAGGGGUGGAGAGAGAAACAUGCCAGCAAAGUUUUUCCACAGCCAUUAUUUUCCUACAGUUCUAUCCAAUGAGAUGGAAUUAAAAAUGCAUGGUUUCCCCACCCCCCACCCCCCAUGGCUCCUAAUUGGGAAAGGAUUAGUCAUUAGCAGUUAGUUCUAUGUAAAACAAGUCCUGCCCUUUAUUCUUGACCAAAGAACAGAAGAAAUUAGGGCAAGCCUCACAGGUCUGCUUCUCAAUCCAUCCUCCCUGACAAAUUGUCUGAUGGGAACUUUUCAUUUGGUCUUAGCCACCUGAAUGGCUCAAUAAGAUUUCUUCUCUGUUUGGGGUUUUUUGUUUUUCUAGACGGGAUUUUUUUCUGGCUGCCCUGGAACUUGCUCUGUAGACCAAGCUGGCCGGGAACUUAGAAAUCAGCCUGCCUCUGCCUCCCAAGUGCCAGAUUUAAAGGUGUGUGCCACCACUGCCCAUCCAAAGCCCAAGGUUUUGUGCAUCUACAGACUGAGUCACAUCAAUGACCUAUACUUUUUAUUGAGAUGAUUUCACACAAACAGAAAACUUACCAAAAAAAAAAAAAAAAA